UAAAAGAGUCUUAAUCUUUCUGGACGCCUGAGCUUUCACUUCCUCACAGGACCUUGUCUCCUCCACCCAUAGCAAAGACUUCCCCACAGGUCUCAGGACCUUCCUUCCCAGAGCAGAUUUUGGUCAAGGACACCCAAAAGACAAGAUCCUCCCUAUCUUGGACCCCUGAAGCCAGUGACAGAGUAACACAUUGGGAAGUCUCUCUCCCUACUGACCACAGAACAUAAGAAACCGCACCCUGGGAGUUCCCUUGUGGCAAGAUCUUAAGUGUCUCAUUGUUUUGGAUUCAAAGCAAUCAAAGAAAUGAAGUGUAUCUUCAUUUGAUUUUCUCGGUGGUUCCCUUUGGAGUGAGGAUGUUUUCUUCUUGAAUUUGUGAUCUGUGAUAUAAAUGGAUGAUGGGGGUCAGCCGUGAUCAACGCUGUCAUUUCAACUUUGAAUCUUCACUUUUUCUCCGUCGAUUCAUUGCAGUGGCCAUGGGAAUAAGGUUUUUUGUGAUGCUGGCCAUGUUAGUCACCAUAUUCUUUCACUUUUCCCACCCAAAGGCUCCAAGCAACACAACUGUUUCCAACCCAAAGGCUCCAAGCAACACAAUUGCUUCCCACCCAAAGGCUCCAAGCAACACAAAUGGAUUUUACUGUGGCCCAUGUCCUAAGAAUUGGGUUUGUCACAAAAAUAUCUGCUAUCUGUUUUCUAAUGAAAGCAAAAGUUGGAAUCAGAGUCGAGCUUCCUGCCUAUCUCACAAUUCCAGUCUCCUUAAGAUAUAUAGCAAGGAGGACCAGGAUUUCCUCACACUCAUAAAAGCAUACCAUUGGAUGGGACUAGUACAAUCUACACCCAGUGGUUUCUGGAUGUGGGAAGAUGGUUCACCUCUCUUUCAUGACCUACUUUCUUUGAUUCCAGUGCAAAAAGGAAACUGUGCUGUGUAUGGCUCCAGCUUCAAAGGCUAUGUAGAGAACUGUUCAAGCCCAAAUACUUACAUAUGUAUGCAGAAGGGUAACAGAUCAUUCUUUUCCACCUUAUAAUUCUACUUGGGGUACAUAUAGAUAUUAUCUGUCUGCCUAAAAGAGAGGAAUGGGGAUACAGAGUGAACUGACCAAGAAACUUCAAUAUAUACAGAAGGUGAUAGCAAUGACGAUUCAUGAAAGAUGAACAUGAAAGCCUGAUAAGGUCCUAUAAAGUGGUGUCAAGAACACUAAAGAUUAGAAUGAACUCAGACUGGUGAGAAGAGCUAAAAAUCAUAAAAAGAGGUCUAUUUAGCUGUCUUGGGGAGAAAAAGAGGAUCAAAGAAAGAAUUGGAGCGCUGCUUGGAAUGAAUGAGACAAUGGCUGAGAACAGAAAGAAGAGCUGCUUUACUUCAUAUUUAGCUACUGUUUUCUUUGCCAAGGAGUGUUGCCAGCACUUAUGGGGUUUCCCGGUACCUACCUCUCUGUGCUCUGUACCCAGCCAUGCAGUUGUGUGUCUGCCUUUUAUUUUUACGAUUGCCCAAGUUUUCAGUAAAGGAAGGAAGCUCUUCAAUAUUUACAUUCACUGGCUCCCACUCCAGCUACUCUAGGGAAAGUGGCUAGUUGGAGUUGCUAAUUAUGCAAAUGAUGAUUGGUUUGAAGUCUAGGGUUUUAUUCAGCAAGGAAGAAAGUAAAAAAAAAAUUAUCCAAAGAAAAACAUUAAUCAGGCAUGAAAUAGGGUAUUUUUUUUUCAAACAGAAAGAAGAGGAGUGAAGAAUAUACAAACUAUAGGCUAGUGAGUUUUGCUUUGAUCAUUGGGAAAUUUCUAGAAUGGAUUAUCAAAGAAAUUGUUAUUGAGAAUCUAGGAGUAUCUAUUAGGUAUUAUAAGAGGCCAGUAUAGUUUAAUUUGGAAUAGUUGAUAUCCUAAUACAUUGUUAGUAGAGCUGUGUAUUGGCAUAACUAUUUUAGAAAACAAUUUAGAAUUUUCAAAUAAAGUGACUACCAUGUCUGUACCUUUUGAA